CAAUUAUUGGGGAAAUGGGCCCAAAUUAAAACAGUAGCCCAAUUUUAAAUCAGUUUCCAGUGUCUACCCUAAUUUCCUCAUCGCGUCACCUUUUGCAGCUCAGAUCAACCAUAUCAUUUCUUUCAUCUCCGAUCUGCUCAACCCUUUAUCGAUCGUAUUUUCCGGUAACGAUUCAACAUACAGCUCAAUUGUCCCAAAGUUCCAGUUUUUCUGGUCGGAAAGUAGUCGGAGGCCAGGGUUUCGGAUUCCCCAUCGCAAAUUAGGGGAAUCAAAUUACGCUAACCGAGACAAAAUUCAGUUUCAAAAUUCUCGUUUCAGAUCGAUCCGUUUCACCUUUUUCGUGAUCUUCCUCUUACGAUUGCAAGUGUGGAGUAUUGUGCUUAUUUUGUUACUGUUUUGAUGGUUUAUUAGUGAGUUGUGUUGCAUCUGAUGCUGUUUCUUCAACAUGUUAUUGUAAUCAGGUUGGUGAUUUGUUUCUAGGAGAAGAUUUUAAACAUUGUUCUCGGAGUGGGGAUGAAUUGUUGCUUGAUCUGUUGAAAUUCCUGCAAUGUCCGGCUUACUUAAUAGCUCUGUUUGCAGUCUUCUCUGAACGGAUCUGCUUCAAAUCUUCCAGACGGUGCUGGGCGUUCUUUUACUACAUCGUUCUCUAGUCAGUCUGGUGCAGCCUCGCCAAUUUAUCAGCACACUGGUGGUAUUCAGGGGUUGCACAACAUGCACGGGAGCUUUAACAUUCCCAACAUGCCCAGUACACUUACAUCAAGAAACUCAACAAUAAACAGCAUGCCAUCUGGAGCAGUUCAGCAACCUACAUCGAGUCUUUCUAGUGGAAGAUUUUCAUCAAAUAAUCUACCCGCUGCUCUGUCACAGCUAUCGCAUGGAAGCUCUCACGGACAUUCAGGAGUCAACAGUAGAGGAGGUAUAAAUGUUGUAGGAAAUCCUGGAUUUAAUAGUAGCACAAAUGGAGUUGCUGGUUCUAUUCCUGGGAUUCUUCCAACUUCUGCUGCAAUUGGUAACCGUAAUGCUGUUCCAGGAUUGGGAGUAUCCCCAAUUUUGGGAAAUGCAGGUCCGAGGAUAACAAGUUCGAUGGGAAACAUGGUUGCUGGGGGAAACAUUGGGAGGAUAAGCUCUGGAGGAUUGUCCAUUCCUGGUCUUGCUUCACGUCUAAAUUUAAAUGGAAGCAGCGGAUCUGGUGGCCUAGGCGUGCAAGGACAAAAUCGAUUGAUGAGUGGCGUGCUUCCUCAAGGAUCUCCUCAGGUAAUUUCAAUGCUAGGAAAUUCUUAUCCAAGUGCUGGAGGGCCACUUUCUCAAAGCCAUAUGCAAGCAGUACACCACUUGAACUCUAUGGGGAUGUUGAAUGAUUUGAAUUCCAGUGACAGUGCACCCUUUGACCUCAAUGACUUCCCUCAACUAUCAAGUCGUCCUAGUUCUGCUGGGGGGCCUCAAGGACAGUUGGGCUCUUUAAGAAAACAAGGUCUUAGUCCUAUUGUACAACAAAACCAAGAGUUUAGCAUUCAAAAUGAAGACUUCCCGGCUUUACCAGGAUUUAAAGGUGGUAAUGGAGAGUUUACUAUGGAUAUGCAUCAGAAAGAACAACUUCAUGACAAUGCUAUGUCAAUGAUGCAGUCACAACAUUUCUCCAUGGGAAGGUCUGCCGGUUUCAGCUUGGGAGGGUCUUAUUCAUCACAUCGAACUCAACAGCAACAACAGCAUACUCCUGUCAGUAACAGUGGUGUCUCUUUUUCAUCUGUGAACAAUCAAGAUCUUCAUCUGCAUGGGUCAGAAGUUUUCCCGUCUCCAAACUCUACGUAUCAUUCACAGACCAGCGGACCUCCUGGCAUUGGAUUAAGGCCACUAAAUUCUCCAAAUAAUGUUUCUGGUACGGGUUCAUAUGACCAGCUCAUCCAGCAGUAUCAGCAGCACCAGAAUCAGUCCCAGUUUCGCCUUCAGCAAAUGUCAGCUGUAAAUCAGACCUUUAGGGAUCAUGGCAUGAAGUCUAUGCAAACUGCACAACCAGCUCCUGAUCCAUUUGGUUUGCUUGGCUUGUUGAGUGUAAUCAGGAUGAGUGAUCCUGAUCUGACAUCUCUUGCUCUUGGAAUUGAUCUUACAACACUCGGAUUAAAUUUGAAUUCAUCAGAAAAUCUUCACAAGACUUUUGGGUCUCCUUGGUCCGAGGAACCGGCUAAGGGUGAUCCAGAGUUUAGUGUGCUUCAAUGUUAUUAUGCUAAACCACCUCCUGCCCUACACCAAGGGUAUUUUGCAAAGUUUACUUUGGAUACGUUGUUUUACAUAUUUUACAGCAUGCCUAAAGACGAAGCACAACUAUAUGCAGCAAAUGAACUGUACAAACGGGGCUGGUUUUAUCACAAAGAGCAUCGCAUGUGGUAUAUAAGAGUUCCCAACAUGGAGCCGCUUGUCAAGACAAACACAUAUGAAAGAGGAUCUUACCACUGUUUUGAUCCAAGCACUUUUGAAACUGUCCGAAGGGAUAAUUUUGUUCUUCAUUAUGAAAUGGUGGAAAAGAGACCGUCUUUACCGCAACAUUAAGGAGAACAUAGAAAACCUUCAGUGUAAAGCUUUAUAUGUAUCAAUAUAAUUUGUUAUUAUGCAAGCUAUUUUAUUUAUACAUUAGUGUAACUUUAAUCUGGUGUUUCUCUUAGCUCGUUAUUAGAGUAGAUGGAGGUUAGCCUAACCUAGCUUUCCCUGUAUGUCAAACACACAUAUAUCUAAAUAUAUUGUAUGCAGUGUCUGGUAGUUUGACCCAUACACAAAUAAAGUUAUUUU